GUUCGCGGACACAGUGGAGGAUUGUUUCAACGUGAUGCUUUUGGUUCAAAUGCUCGGUUGCACUGUCCAGUUGUGUUUCCAAUGUUUCCAAGCUAUCAUGGUAGCUAUCAGCAAGAACCAACAUUCAUUUGGAGAGGAAGAAAUGCAAUACAUGAUUUUUCAACUCUCGUUCCUGAUCAUCUACGUAAUUUGCGUGCUGGUGCAAUUGUACUUAUACUGCUACGUGGGUGAAACACUUACAGCGGAGAGCACAGAGAUAGCCAACACAGCAUAUGAAAUCGAAUGGUAUAAUUUGUCCCCUAGAAGCGCAAGGUUGCUUAUAAUUAUUAUGUGCCGAGCUAGAUCAUCACCGUUAAAAAUUACAGCGGGAAAAUUUUGUUGCUUUACUACCAUACUAUACUGUCAGGCAAGGACAAAUAAUUUAUAUCGUAGAAUAGAAAUUUUCUUG